AUUAUUGUUGUUUUACCCGAGGCCUGAGGAAAAAUGGCGGCUUAGCAAUUGGGGGAGCGUAGGGAAGGAAAAAACAUAAACUAACAACAAGUAUCCAGACCUUUAUUCAGUCUUCACGCACAGUUUAAGACAACACAGAAAUAAGUUUUGAAUAAAAUAGAUUAAUUUGACAUGGUUUGUGAGUUACUGAUAACAAUUCCUGAGGAGAACCACGAUGUUUAUCAACUCCAGCGCGCUAGUCAAUUUGUAAAAGCUGCAGUUAAAAUGACACAUCAAGAUGCUGCCACAUUAAAAGAACAAACUGCCAAGACUUUAAUGACGAAAACAGACGUGUGUAAACAAGACAUUAAAUGUAAAGCCAACAGUGUUGAUUCUAAAUUAAAGACCUGUAACUGUGGUGUAGUUGCUGAUAAACAAGUUAAACCAUCAUCUAGAUUAUCAAUUAGUUAUGCUAAGCUGAAAAAGCGUAAACAAAAAAGUCGGAAAAGUAUAGAUAAAAAAAAUCGUUUACUGUUAGCUAAAACGGAAGAUGCAUCACUACCACCGAAGCAGGGUUCCUGGUUGUUACGCCUUUUUGAAUCAAAACUUUUUGACAUGCAUAUUGCUCUUGCGUAUCUUUUAAAUUCCAAAGAAAAUGGUGUGUUGGCGUAUUUAGGAAAUAAACUCUUUAGUUUUGCAGACCAAGACGUAGAUAUGUAUUUGCCAGAACUUCUAAAUAUGUAUCUGCAUAUGGAGGAAUUAUCAGAUAUCAUUCAUCCAUACUUAGCUUUACGGGCAAAAAAUCACACGGUGUUCAGCCUACGAGCUGCAUGGAUUCUUGAAUCUGAAAUCAAAAGUGGUGAACUAUGUCAAGAAGUAAUUAAAACUGCACGAAAGUUGUUACAAAUUAUAUCUGAAGAACAAACUAAAAUUCAUAGACCUCAGCUAAUCACGAUGUCACCUGCCAAGAAAUCCCACAAGCGUUCGAAAUCUGACGCUAUUAUUGGAACUAUCACAGAUAAAGCCUCUUUUUUAUAUUCAUCAACAACACACAGUUAUUCAACAGAAAAUAUAGAUCAAGAUCAUUUACAACAUGGUUUAGCAUUUGGUAAAUGUCCGCAGCACCUCUUAACAAAUAGCACAGCUGAGAAUCCUGUCAAAAUAGCAGCAUCGUCUUGUAACUUAAAAGAGUUGGAAACAAAAGAAGAUAUUAAUCAAUGCUGUUGCUGGCAGGUGCCACUGUACGUGGCAGAGCGUGAAUUCAUUAAUGCAUUACAAUCAAUUGGACAACGUUUACGAGGUUUACCAACCAAGCAAGAAAAAGUUCAACGGUUAUGUGCUGAACUGUCCCUUCUUAAUCUAAACCUGCCAGCAAAAGUCUUUGUGCCUUUCGACGAUGUCUUUCCACACCAUAUAGUUCGUAUACCACACAAUGCUGCAGUUGUUCUCAAUUCAAAAGAUAAAGCUCCAUAUAUAAUAUACAUUGAAGUACUUGCACAUGACGUCAGUGAAGAGCAACAAUUGCAAGCUCAAUGUCAUGAAAAUCUGCUAGCUGACCACGACUCCUUCAUGACUGAAAAUUUGUUUCCUCAGUUGCUGCAACACAACAAUUCUGAUGACAAUCUUCCUGCUUUUGAUUUAAAUAACUUUGGUCCAUCAUCACCAGAAAGUAGCGAAUACGAAGGAACAACAUCUUCAAUGGGCGGUGAUGUGGAUGAUCUUAGUGAAUCGCAAUCAACCACCACAGGAAGUAGCGAGCUUCAUUCAGAAGAGAUUGAUUUGGAAGAAAAGGAAAUAUACAUAUCGGCCAUAGAUGUACGUAAAAGAUUAAGUGACUCACUUGCUGCUCCCAAAGCUCUCUUCAUGGUAAGAGACCCAGAUGAUCCUUCUGCCGCCGCAUUAAAAGAGCCUUGGCACGAGAAAGUACAGCGAAUUCGCCGCAUGUCACCAUAUGGUAAUUUGCCGAAUUGGAGACUAAUUCCAGCUAUUGUGAAAACUGGAGAUGACUUGAGACAAGAAUGUUUGGCUUACCAAUUACUUAGACAAUUCAAAAAUAUAUUUGAAGAAGAAAGAGUACCGUUAUGGAUAAAACCGUUUGCUGUUAUGGUUACGUCUGGCGGUGGUGGUCUUAUCGAGCCUAUUGUCAACGCUGUCUCCCUGCACCAGAUAAAAAAACAAAGUAAAAUGUCACUCAGAGAUUAUUUUAUUAAUGAGUUUGGUGAGCCUACUACGGAAGAAUUCUUGACUGCUCAACGCAACUUUGUUGAAAGUUGUGCUGGCUACUGUUUAGUUUGUUACGUCAUGCAAGUCAAAGACAGACAUAACAACAACAUACUAGUGGAUGCAGAAGGCCAUCUUAUCCAUAUCGAUUUCGGCUUCAUUCUCUCAAACUCGCCGGGGAAGAAUUUAGGCUUUGAAGCUUCUCCGUUCAAGCUAACUGAUGAACUCGUCGAGGUGAUGGACGGUGCGGAUAGUGAUAUGUAUAAUUACUUCAAAAUUCUCAUCUUGCAAGGAUUUGUCGCUGCUCGCAAAAACAUGGAUAAAGUUCUACAGAUUGUUGAAAUCAUGAAGACAGGAUCGCAGUUACCGUGUUUCACACAGGGCGUGUCCACAGUCGAGACGAUGCGUGAACGUUUUCACAUGAAUUUAACAGAAGAACAGUUAGCGAGACACGUUGUGAAACUUAUAGACGAUAGUGUUCAGUCACUGACAACAAGACUCUACGACACUUUUCAAUAUUUCACUAACGGAAUACUGUAGCAAGAAAAUAGGAGAAUAUUUUAUAAUUCAAAUGAGAGAAGUCUCGCCCAGUCAAGCUUAACAUCAAAGAAUUAAUAGUCGGCUUGUUGGGUGCAACGGGAUAAUGUCUUAUUUUGCGUUUUUAAAUUUGAGCGGAACGUUUAUUUCACGAUAAACCGAGCGGCUUUAACCGUAACCAAAGGUUUUCAGUUCUUUUACAAUAAACCUUCUCACUUGAAGACUGCACUGAACGUUGUAAAUCAUUUGGAUCGUAGUAGCAUACAUGAUAAGUCAACUAUUCAAAUUUAUGCAACAUCAAGGCCCUGCCAUCGCUACUAAGUUUUACGACGAAAUUUAAAAGCGUUCUGCGAUUUCGUGACAGCCGAUAAAUUUUUAGUUAAUUUUUUUAAAUUUAUCUCAGUUUAAAGAGCCUACGAAUAAUCUCCAAUCUUUGCGUACUUUAUCUGAGAGCAUAUGAGAAUAUAAGUGCAUUUCAGCACUUGUAAACUUUUAGCCGACUUCGUUAUUUGUGUAAGCCAUUAAAAUGGAGAGUCAUGCACUGACUUCGUAGUCUCUUUAAGUUUAAUAAUCAUUUUACGUUGAUAUAAUUUAAUAUGUUACACCAUUAUUAUUUAUACAGUUUUAUAUUGAAUUUUUUUCGUUCUCUUUUAAUACGUCAUUUAUCCGGGUUUUUUUUCUUUAUCGAGUUUAUUGAGCAGUUUAACUAAGAAUGUUAUUUUAAUGUGUUAAAGGGUGCCACAUUUUUAGUUUUCAGUGUGAAACAAUCCAACGUUUUUUCAUGCUUGUAAGUGCGAUUUUCCUACGUUCUUUUGCUUUCAACCGCUGUCAAACACACAAUAUCUUCGGUACUGCUAGUUCAUGUUUUACAUUCAAAUGCGUGAAAUGUUUUAUGUGCGUAUUAGGUUGUGCAAGUUCUUGAUGUAUUCUUGUUUUUAUUCAAUGAAAUAAUUAUGAAAAACGUAGGGUAUUUUCUAAAUAAAUGAAUGAAUUUAGUGAAAUGGCUUUAAAUAAAGUUUUUUUGUAUUGUUUGACAAUUCCCCAGAACAUUACCCCUCACCUCCCUUUUCCGCAACAGGUAUUUCAACAUUCGUUCAAUAAGCUGUUAGCAGAAAAAAGUAAAAACUUCUUCAUCGUACUGCAUCAGUAUGUUUCAUAGACGCAGUCAAUAGAGCAACUCGGUUCCAGGGCCUGUAGCGUUUUUGAUAUAAGGAUAAAACGCAACAGGACCUGGGAUCCCGGUUGUCAAUAGAGCACCAGUCGUACAGACCUUUGUGAAGCACCGAUGUGUUUUUUUCGUUAGAAAUUUAAAUAAAGCUGUUAUUUCCUAAAAGGGUGUGUAAUAGAAUAUGAAUAUGUACUGCGAUUGUAAGA